CGGGCUGAUGUCACCAAAUGCAAAAUAAUUUCAGGUUUAGCAAUAACAAAGCUGAGUAUUUUAGUCAAAUAUGUAAGAAGACAACCAUGCCACUCUACGAUGAAUUAUGUGUCUAUAUUAAGUACUGUUGGUCACUUUCAGGAAACAUAUCAAACAUUAGACCAUGCACGGGCUUUACGACCAAUUCAGUUUGACAGCAAUAGUAUUCUAUCUAAAUAGCAGUUAAAAUCAAGUGUACAGCACCCGAACUGUUCAAUAUCAGUUGCUUCUAAAUCCAUAAAACAUUUACAUAUUAUGCAAAUACUGUAUCCGGUGCCGCACACUUUAUUUUAACUACUACAAUAGAUAGAAUACCAUUGUUGUCAAAUUGAAUUGGUCCUAAAGCCCGUGGUUUGACAGUAAAAUACGCGUCACAAAUUUCAGUUAUAUCAAUAGUAGUUUUUCGUAAUGCCAAUUAAUUUCUUGAUUACGAAAGUAAGAAACUUAAAACAAAGACAAACAACACUGACCUCUAUAGAAAUUGGAACGCGACUAUGAAAUUAGUAAGGCCUGUUUUAAACGUUGCAUUUUGCAUGUGUCGAAUUCAGUGACAUGCAAUGGCUUGAAUUAUGUACAUGUAACUAUUAAAUUUAGAUAAAUAUUAAAUUAUAGAUAACAUUUAAAGAUGCGGUAAAGUCCGUUCUGCGCAUAUAUUCUGCGCAUCAAAACAUUCCAUCAGUGGGGGAGCAACCUUUGGAAUGUUGUUAAUAUUUCGCCCCUUCCGAACUUUCUUGAAUUGAAUCUCUAGUCUGUAUUCAUUUACAAGCAUAACGAACCAGAAAAGUGUUAAAAUUCAGUAUAAUAUAUAUAUCUAAUCGUAUUUUACAACUGUAGCACUGAGUUCAAAAUGUAAACAAAGCGUUUGUUUACAUUACGGACUUUACAUCACCUUUAAAAAUUAUAGUUUUUAAUAAAUUUCCUUUUGUACAGUCUUUACUUGAACUAAGAAGACACAAAUGGCCCUUGUUUAAAAGAGAAAAGAACAGGCUUUAAAGUGAGACCUCAUAUUUCUAAAAUUGUUAAGAACAGAAGGUGUAUAUUCUGUCUUUUAUAUUGUAAUCAGGAAUUUUACAUCUUUUUUAUAGACCUUGCAAAGAAAUUGAAAAUACUUCCAGUGACAUGCACAGCUUUAAGAAAAAUCGAUAGAAGUCUUCCAAGUGCGGUAUAUAAGAUCAAACCAAUUAAUGCAGAUGCACCUUUUAGAGUAUACUGUGAUAUGAUCUCCAAGAAUGGAAUCGGUGUGACUGACAUUGGGCACGACAGCGAAUCAAGAACAUUUGUAAAAGAUUAUUCGGAUGCAAACAGGAAGAUAACGUAUAUAUUAUCCAUGAAACAAAUUGUUGCAGUUAUCAAGAUGUCUGUCCAUUGUGAACAGUUCAUAAAAUAUGAAUGCCAUCAUAGCGUGUUCAAUAUUGGUAGUCGUGCAUGGUGGAAGUCUCGACAAGGUUCAAAGAUGAAUUACUGGGGUGGUGCGGCAGUCAACAGUGGAAAAUGUGCAUGUGGAAUGACCAACAGCUGUGAUGGUGGAGGAAAAUGUAAUUGUAACAAGAAUGACGCAAAGUGGCGAGAAGACGGUGGCUUGUUAACAGAUAAAAACACGUUGCCUGUAAUUGAGCUACAAUUUCACGAUUUAGGAGGCAGCAGUGAAUUCGGUUACUAUACCCUUGGGAAAUUGCGGUGUUGGGGAUAA